GUAUUUGAGAACAAGUUGGCCCCUUUACAGAGAUUCUCCCCCUCCGACCUUCUCAGGGAGAUGGAGAAGCAGAAGGAGGAGCUGGGACUUGUUGUGGAUCUGACGUUUACCAAGCGAUACUAUUCUCCACAGGAGUUUCCAGCGUCAGUAAAAUAUGUAAAGAUCUUCACGGCUGGAAAGCAGGUUCCUUCGGAUGACGUGAUCUAUGAAUUUAAAUGCCUUGUGAAGCGUUUUCUGAGUGAGAACGCGGAGAAUGAUAAACUGGUUGGCGUUCAUUGUACUCAUGGGUUGAACAGGACAGGAUAUUUGGUUUGCAGGUAUAUGAUUGAUGUGCUUGGUGUGGUGCCAUCUGAAGCUAUAGAAAGAUUCAACAAAAGCCGCGGACACUGCAUAGAACGGGAGAACUACCUGGAUGACCUCUUAGAGGGCAAACCUAGGAGCAAUCAAGGAUCAGACCGCUCUGUGCUGCCAAAGGCCAGACACCAGCAACACACCCCUGGUAUGAAGGAGGUAGCUGACUUUAGACCACCUUUGUAUCCUCAGUCAUGGUUUCCAGGCCAGCCGUGUGCUAAUCCGAGUUGGGAUUCUAGAUUAUCUGCACCUCUAUUUUCUCAGCUGCCAGGGCCGUAUAUGCCUGGGCCUCAGUACAGCUUCCAGCAGAUGGGCCGAGGGCCCCCUGGGUAUCCCUUCAUCAAUCACCGUCCAAGAAUUCCUCCACCGGGCUUUCCACAUCCUCCUCUCCCCGGACAUCGCAUCCCACAGACAGACCUCAGAGGAGGACCACAAAGACACCGACACCAUCCCAAGAGAUACUUCGCUCAGCAGCCGGAUGAUAGGCCUGUGAAUGGUGCUCCUGGGUGGCACCCGACUCCUCCAAACUAUGGCGACAGUAUUGAUAGUCGGGGUUCAGGCCCUCAGGGGCGUAAUGGGCCUUACAGCAGAUGGCCAGGGCAAGGCCACCGAGGAAGCCACGGAGAACAGUGACAAUAACAACUGAUACUAGAAGAUUGCUUGGGGCCACACCUGUUUACUCUUUUAUUGUAUUGAUUUUAUUAUUUUACGUAUAUUGUAUUUUUAAAUGAAUUUGACGACUGGAAAUGACCAAAUAAACAGAGAUAACGGUCAGAUGCUUUAAUGGUUGUAAAGUGGUAAUCCAUUGAAGGUAGACUUGUUAGGCAAUAAUUCUGUUCCGUCUACCACACGAUCGUUUUAUGGGACGGAUUAUCUGUUCUCGCGGAGGGAUCUUUUAGGCGUGGAGACCGCCAUCUUUCUAUACACCUAAUUCUACAUCUGACACUUCAGAGACGAGGGCAGUGCUAUAGCUGUAUAUAGGAAUGGGAGGUAUGCGGGGCCCUCGGUGUAUCCAUGUCGUCUGUUCAUUGCGUUGUUUGAUUGGCCUUUUAUAAAGCAGUACUCCUUGUAUAUACAUUUUCUGCAACAAAUCAAAUCUUUGCUCUGACUACAAUGUAUCAAUUCAUCACAAAUGAAUGCGAGUGUCGCAGGUUCCUGCUCUGUGAGCAUCUUUACUGCCUUAAUAAAUGACGUGGUUCAGCUCCUCA